AUGCGAGGAGUCGGUCAGGGUCAGUGCAUCGAGAUCCUGUUGAUUCCUGAAGUGGCGUCUUUGGCCAACAAGGUCCUUGCAAAAGCUGAAGGCGUGGAUUCCUCACAGCGCAUCAGCCGCAUACGAUUGGCCAAGAAUUGGGAACAGCAGAUUCUUGUUGAUAUCAUCGGGUGGUUGAUUGUGAAUGGUCUCGUCAAGGACUUGAAGAAAAGCCGUUUGUUGUGCCAGCAAAAUGCCAGAAAUUUGUGGAGACAGUACGCAACAGCCCACUUGGAAAGUGCUCCGUCUGAUGUGCACAGAUGGCUGAAGGACAGCAAGACGAAAACUUGCUUGGAUUGCCUGCGAAACAGAAUUGAUUUCACCGUUUCGAACGCAGUGCCGGGCAGUCCACCCCAGCCGCUGAAGGAGAAGCUGGUUCAGGAGUUUGAUGCCAUUCGUCGUGAUGGGCAUGUUUGGAGCGAAAGCGUAGUCCACGAGGUCGAAGCGACAUUCCAGGGCAUCCUGGCCUCCUUGUCGCCGGAGAUGGAGAACGAGAGCAUGGAGGGCGGCCUUGAACUCGAUGGAGAGCAGGUGCAAGAGCAGGAGCAGGAGCAAGAGCAGGAGCAGGAGCAGGAGCAAGAACAAGAAGAAGAGAUGGAGAUAGAGCAGGAACAAGAACAAGUGCCAGAGGCUGCUGCCAGGCUUCAGUAUAGCCGAGAAGAUGAAGCGCCCAAACCGUGGCUGCUCAGGGCCUUGACGAAGGACUUGGCCGCUUCCGGGCUGCCGUUCUUUCCACUCACAGACUUCGCAGUCAACAAAGGACUUUUGGGUGGCCACGCCGAACCAUUGAAAGGAUUGCCAGAGUUUAUUUGGCUUAGUGACAACUACUAUCGCAGGUCCUGGCGGUUGUCCUCAGUGCGGCGCAUCAAGAAUGUGAUGUGCUUUCUGGAAUGGGUGCCUGAUGCGGCCUCCCUGGCCACACUUGCGGUGACGUCAAAAAUGACAGAACGUCAACGCGAGCGCUUGGAAGAGGUAUACCGGUUGUACGACCAGGAUGGCGACGGAAAGAUCAAGGGCCAUGAGCUGCGAGCAUUCUUCCAGGCCCUGGACCUCGAUGAGGAAGGUGAGGAGAUCCAGAAGCGGCAUCAUGGGUCGUUGUCGCUCAAGGAGAUCCAAGAGGAACUCACACGGGAGACGUUCUACCGCAUGCAGAAAGGGCGGUACUUCGUCGUGUUGUCGCUGGAGGAGGCUGAGCACCUACGAGGCUCCAUGCAUCUCCUGGGCUCGGAUUGGCCCAAAACUUGCGGCAUUGCUUUGCGAUGCCUUGGAAAUUUGGAGUCCAAGCUGGAUUCAUCCUUGCUGGACGAACUGGGGCCAGUGACGGAGUCGGCUGAGCUUGGUUAUCAACUUGAGGUGGCAGAGCAGGUUCUUCGCUUUACCAACUCAGCGGCAAACUUCCAGGCACGCGAGCUCAGCAUCUUGCUGCGCUCCCUGCAGCGUACGGACAUGCCAAAGCGAGCUCCGUGGUGGCUGGACAUCCGCGCAUGUAGGAGGCGGUCACAGCUCCCGUGGCAGCAGCUACCACUUGCCAAGGUGUUUGCAGAAACCGAUGGACUGGAUGACCUUGCCGUGCGAGCAUUCCUAUCAAGAUUGAGCUGGGCGCUUGCUGGCAUGCGCUUGUCCCCUGCAGAUGCAUUCAUGAAGCUGGACUCUGAUCGGAGUGGGUCAAUCGACCACAGAGAGCUGACAAAGGGCUUGGAGUGGCUUGGUCUUCGAAAGGCAGUAGCGAACAACACCCGCUGGGCAGAGCACAUUGCCAAAAUCUUCCAGGUGAUGGAUGCCGACGGGGACGGCCUCUUGUCUUUGAACGACUUCAAGGGCGCCCUGGAGUUGGACGAGCAGGACUGGGAAAGCGUUCCUGCUGCGUCUGUCAUGCGACCAGGGAUGGACUUACCACUUUCGUCUCGGCCCCCGAUGCCGACAGUUCUACAGCCACCAGGCAAGGAACCAGCCAAGCUGAGCCAGAGGGACACCAGGUGGCUGCCCAGCGGCCGCUUCCGGUUCAAGUGGCAGUGUCAUGGAGACUUCGGUGAAGUAUGGAACACUCAAGGCACUCUGGCAGAGAGGAAGCUGUCAAUAUGGAAGCCAACGAAGCUUCGCACGAAGAACCCCGACAUUCGAGGCCCGCAAGUGAAGCAACGACUUUGUUUUGGCGAUGUCGCUGUCGCCGGCACCAAGAAGCCAGCACAUGUUGGUAUGCUCGAGGUGUUUGAUCAAGAAGAGAGUGGCUGGUUUCACUCAGGGGACUAUUCCGGCUUGGAAGCAUUUCUUCAAGCAGUUCUACCCCAUCCAGUGAGAUACCGGAAGGCGUGGUCUCAAGUUGCCGGCGAAAACCAGCUCCACCUUUGGAGGCCGAUUCCACCAUCCACGGACUUCGUCGCCAUCGGACUGGUGGCAACAGAGGCGGAUUCGGAGCCGGAGGUGACACGUGUCCAUUGCAUUCCCAGGGACUGGACACGGCAAGUCCCUGCAGAAGAAUUCUGGACGGAUGCGGGAACAGGCGGACAAGCGGCGAAAUUCUUUGUGUCUUCCUUUGCGGAAUCGAAGCUUGGGGCCAUCUUCGAGGUGGCAGCAGGCUCUUCACAUUCACCGACACCCGAGAUGCAUCAGCUCAAAGACUUUGCGCACCAGGUGUUCGUGGAGAUGCCAAAGUCUCUCAGACUUUGA